CUCGCCCGCAGGGGUGUGCCCAGGGCAGGAGCGACAGUGGGGGUCCGUGGGUGACACCGGAAGAUGGCGUGUGACGCCAAGAGUCUGUGUGAGAGUGUACUACUGUGAGGUUGUGCGUGACGCCUGAGGUUGGGUGUGGCUGUGUGACCUUGUGAGAUUUUGUGUGACAACCAGAGAUUGGGGGUGACGAUAAAAUGGUAUGUUACGUGGAGAGGUGUGUGACUGUCCGUGAGAUGAGAGAGAUUACCUGAAGGUGACCGUGUGUGACAUCGUGAGGUUAGGGGUGCCUGAUACACUAUUUGGAGGACUAGGACAUUGAGAGACCAUAUGUGGGAAUGAGAGAUUACGUGUGACAGUGUGCAACAUGGUGAAGACAUGAGCACGGUGUGUGUCACGCUGGCAGGCGAUGCGUGACAGGGGGUGAGCCUGAAUAUGUUCGACACACCAGGAGAUGGCGUGAGAAGGCAGUGGGAGAGGCCCAAGGGUCCUUGAUGUGACAGACUAAGCCACACUGAAGAACUGCACAUGACUUUGUGACACAGAUCGUGUGAGAGAUUAAGAGAAUGGCACGGUGUUGUGACAGUGCCUGAGAGAGUGCAGGGCAUUCAGGGAUGAGCAUAUGAGAGAGCCUGAGUGUGUAAGUGUGCAACACUGGGAGGUUGCUGUUGUGAGGGCGACAGCUGUGUGUGGUACGGACUGCAUGAGGCUCAGGAAAAGAUUCUGUACACGACAGCCCAUGCAGGGGACAGACUCUGGGUGACUGUGGGUGAGCAAAUUGUGUGUAAGAGCAUGUGUGACACUGGGAGAUUGUGCAAGAAUGAGUGUGACUCUGGGGUCACUGCGUGUGACACUAUAAAAUAUUGUGUGAUACUGCUUGACAAAGCAGCUGUGCAACUAAUUACAUGUCACCAUGUGAGACACUGAAAAAGUGUGUGUGAGGCAGCGAGAAGUUUCAAUUGCCCGUGAGUGCAUGUGACAUCUUGAGAGACUGUGUGUGACACUGUGCAAAACUGUGUUUAUACAUGUGACACUCUGAGAUAGUCUGACUGCGGUUGUGAGAGAUGUCAUUGGUGAUGACGUGCUACGCUAGGAGAGGUUGUGAGGAACUGUGGGUGGCAGACCGUGUGACCAUGGCACUGUGGGGGACUGUGUGGUGAGCACAAAUCAUUCCUGAGACUGUGUGGCAAUGCUGUGUGACACAGUGAGAUAUCGUGCAUCUCUGUGCAAGCUGAGUCUGUGUGCUGAUAGGGGUCAUCUGUGAUGGGGUGUCACUGAGGUGGUGGGUGCGGCAGGAUAGGAGAGCAUGUAUGAUGGGGUGAGAGGCUGUGCAGGGCACACAGGAGAGACUGGGGUGAUGUGGGAUAAAUGCAGCAGGAUGUGGGCACACCUUGAGGAGAUUGUCUUUUUCUGUUUGUGUGAGUGUGUGAGAGACAGAGACAGAGAUUGAGAGGGGAGACUGGGAGAGAGAUAGAGGGAGGGAAAGAGACACAGUGAACAGAAGCGUCAGAGAUACAGAAACAGGCAGACAAAGACGGGGGCGAACAGUCUGGAGAGGACCAGAGUGACAGACCCAGGGCAGUGGGGCGGCGGGGAUGGCAGCGGCGGCAGGAGGAGGCGGUCCGCAGGGGCUGCGCCCCAGGGGAGGGGGCGGGGCGGGGCUGGGGGGCCCGGACGCUGUCUCCUGGUCUCCGCCACCCGCCAUCCCAGCCGCGAGCAGCAACAGCCAUGUCCAACAACAUGGCCAAGAUCGCGGAGGCCCGCAAGACGGUGGAACAACUGAAGCUGGAGGUGAACAUCGACCGCAUGAAGGUGUCGCAGGCUGCGGCCGAGCUCCUGGCCUUCUGCGAAACGCACGCCAAAGACGACCCGCUGGUGACGCCGGUACCCGCCGCAGAGAACCCAUUCCGCGACAAGCGCCUCUUUUGCGUCCUGCUCUGAGCCUUCCCGACAGCUUACCCUCCCCUGUCAAAGUAUGAAUCCAAUAAACCUGGUGACUG